AUGAAAUAUCGUUUAUAUCUUGUCCAGUCACAGAAUAAUAUAUUUGCACAUAAAAACUUCGUAAAUGGUCUACAUAAUGCUCGUAAUAUACUACAUAAUUUGGAACAAUGUAUUCGCAAAACGAACCAUUAUGAGGAGCGACUGCUGCGAUGUAGAGCUGACCACUGUCACUCGCACACCAACGAGUUAUUGAACAACGAACCUUCUGAGAAACUCUUCAAAACAGGAACGAAACAAACAUCGCGAAGUCAGGUGGAUUUAGCUGAAUCUUGGUCUACCAUGAGUAUUGUCUGUCUUCAGUAUCAGUAUGAAGAACUAUCAAAGCGUUAUGAAGCCUUAUUGCAAGCGUACAACGAUCGCUGUACGGCUGUAAACAUUCGAGAUACGUCUAUAGAGCGAUUACAGUGUCGCACAAAGGAGAUGCACAAACAACUGACUCAUGCGCAUAAAGUUUUACUUGUAGUCGGAGAAAAAUUUUUGACGCUAAAGCGUAAAUGUCACAUGCAGAAAAAUAAAUACAAAGACACUAUAGAACUCCUAAAAUGUGCAGUGAAAAAUGUGGUAAGAUCUACAGAAAGAGCUCGUUUGGUAUUGGAACAACAGUUGAAGGUUUGCAUGGCAGCAGAACACAAUGCACACACAUCAUUACUUCUUGCUGAGAUUCGUAAAUACAACAUUCUCUACUUGGAAAAUCUGCGACUAAAAGCUUUCAUUGAACAAUUGAUGCCAGGUCGUAUAGUUUGGAAUAAUUAA